UUGGCGCUCCACAGUGGGAGCGCUCGCUGGACGUCGGGGGCUGUCCCGGGGUGAAAACUAAACAGAAAAAGGCGGGGAUAGUUUCUUUGUGUAGGCAGCAACGUGAAGAAAACAAACGUACCCGGGAACACGGUGCAGGGCGAGGAGACGGAACGAGGUCGGCACAUGAAGUUAGCAGACAGUUAGCAUGGACUCUACAGGACAAUAUUCCUAACCUGGAGGAAUUCUUUCCAUCUGUGGACACUUCCGGACUAGAGGAAUAUUAAUAAGACAGGAAAGGACGGGGACUGAAGGUUUAGGACAGCCUCCAGCUCAUCUGUGGGACGAGACCCUUCUGACUUCAGGACGUCCGUCUGAAUUAGUUCCCCCUGAAGAACAAGAAUGAGUUCUCCACAAAAGGGGGUCGUUCCUGACGAAGAAACAAGACCAGGCAGCACGGAAGAUCAUGAGGUUCCUGAGAUGCUGCAGACACAGAAACCGAGAGGAAGAGGAGAAAAACGUCACCACUGUCACCACUGUGACAAAUCCUUCAAAAAUUCAAACUCUUUAAAGAUUCAUCAGAGUGUUCACACUGGAGAGAAACCUUACAGAUGUGAUCUUUGUGGGUCAGCUUUCAAACAACAAAGUAACCUAAAAACACAUCAACGCAUUCACACUGGAGAAAAACCUUUCCGCUGUGAUCUAUGUGGGACAGCUUUCAGACAACGGGGACAGCUAAAAAGCCAUCAACGCAUUCACACUGGAGAGAAGCCGUACAGCUGUGAACAAUGUGGGAAAACUUUUUCUGAUAGUGGUGACCUUAAAAAACACCAGCGCAUUCACACUGGAGAAAAGCCGUACAGCUGUGAACAAUGUGGGGAAACGUUUUCUCGAAGUAGUUACCUUAAAUCUCACCAGCGCAUUCACACUGGAGAGAAGCCGUACAGCUGUGAACAGUGUGGGGAAACAUGUCACCAGCGCAUUCACACUGGAGAGAAGCCGUACUGGUGUGAACAAUGUGGGAAAACUUUUUCUGAAAGUGGGGUCCUUAAAAAACACCAGCGCAUUCACACUGGAGAGAAGCCAUACAGCUGUGAUCAAUGUGGGAAAACGUUUUCUCAGAGUACUAGCCUUAAAUCUCACCAGCGCAUUCAUACUGGAGAGAAGCCGUACAGCUGUGAUCAAUGUGGUGAAACUUUUUCUCAGAGUAGUAGCCUUAAAUCUCACCAGCGAGUUCACACUGGAGAGAAGCCGUACUGGUGUGAUCAAUGUGGGGAAAUGUUUUCACAGAGUAGGUACCUUAAAAGACACCAGCGCAUUCACACUGGAGAGAGGCCGUACUGGUGUGAUCAAUGUGGGGAAGUGUUUUCUCAUAGUAGUAACCUUAAAUCUCACCAGCGCAUUCACACUGGAGAGAAGCCGUACAGCUGUGAUCAGUGUGGUGAAACUUUUUCUCGUGGUGAUACCCUUAAAAAACACCAGCGCGUUCAUACUGGUGAGAAGCCGUACGGGUGUGAACAAUGUGGGAAAAUGUUUUCUCAGAGUGGUAGCCUUAAAAAACACCAGCGCAUUCACACUGCCUCAUUGUGAACAUGUUUCAGAGCUAGGCCUGUCGCCAUAGUCAAUAAAUCAAAUAAUCACACGAUAAAAAGAUGAACUCAAUAAUUUUUCUGGCCGCGAUAAUUCCAUUUGCAUGCUUGUUUGUUUUCCUCUCUCUCUCUCUCCAAAGAGACUGGAUGACCACUCUGUUCCUUAGCGUAACGAGGAGUGAACCCUCUUUGUCAGUUGCAUGGUCUUUGUGUGGGGAGGCGGGACUACUCCUAGCUGAGAGAGUUGGAGCAGGGUUUCCAACAGCAAUUUAAUAUUUAGUGUUUCAUAAAUAAUUGUUAAAUGUAGUACAGUCUUUAGUCUAUUUCACAAACACUCGAGGAAUGCUGCAAACAUUUGACAGCCAGUACGAAUUGCCUGGAGAACAUAUUGUACAUGUCACAAACAGCAAUUCCACAACUGUCCAACAGCGUGAAAGACGACAUACUAAAAGAGAUCAAAGACAUAUUGUGGAUAUUUAAAAUGUCUUCCAGUUCCAG